UGGGGGUGCCGGCGCUGCGGCACCUUUAAGACGAGGGAGGACCCCUCUUGCCCUCGGACAAACCAGGAAGGGAGUCGCGAGCAUCAUACGGGGCUUUGCGUACUGUACGGCUACUGUAGGGGCAGUGACGACGACGCCCGCCCGAGCGAGGUCCGCGCCGCGGGCAGCCCCGAUCGCGCGUCCUCCGGGCCCGGGUCCCCGCGAGGUAAGCCGCCCGGGCUGAAGGGGACCCCUCUGCGGGAGAGGUGUUGGCCCGGAAGAUGGCUGGCGGCGUGGACGGCCCCAUCGGGAUCCCGUUCCCGGACCAUAGCAGCGACAUCCUGAGUGGCCUGAAUGAGCAGCGGACGCAGGGGCUGCUGUGCGACGUGGUGAUCCUGGUGGAGGGCCGUGAGUUCCCCACACACCGCUCAGUGCUGGCCGCCUGUAGCCAGUACUUCAAGAAGCUGUUCACGUCGGGCGCCGUUGUGGACCAGCAGAACGUGUACGAGAUCGACUUCGUGAGUGCUGAGGCGCUGACCGCGCUCAUGGACUUCGCCUACACCGCCACGCUCACUGUCAGCACGGCCAACGUGGGCGACAUCCUGAGCGCAGCGCGGCUGCUGGAGAUCCCGGCCGUGAGCCACGUGUGCGCCGACCUGCUGGAGCGCCAGAUCCUGGCGGCCGACGAUGCGGGCGACGCGGCCCAGCCCGACGGGGCGGGCCCCACGGACCAGCGCAACCUGCUGCGUGCCAAGGAGUACCUAGAGUUCUUCCGCAGCAACCCCAUGAACAGCCUGCCUCCCGCCGCCUUCCCGUGGUCCGGCUUCGGGGGCGCGGACGACGACCUGGACGCCACCAAGGAGGCUGUGGCUGCCGCUGUGGCCGCCGUGGCCGCGGGUGACUGCAACGGCUUGGACUUCUACGGCCCGGGGCCUCCUGCCGAGCGGCCCCCAGCAGGCGAUGGGGACGAGGGUGACAGCACCCCAGGGCUAUGGCCCGAGCGGGACGAGGACGCCCCUUCUGGUGGCCUCUUCCCGCCACCUGCCGCCCCACCGCCUGCCACGCAGAAUGGCCACUACGGCCGCGCCGGGGCUGGGGAGGAGGAGGCCGCAGCGCUGUCCGAGGCGGCCCCCGAGCCCGGUGACUCCCCGGGCUUCCUGUCGGGUGCAGCUGAGGGCGAGGAUGGGGACACGGCUGACGUGGACGGGCUUGCGGCCAGCACACUGCUACAGCAGAUGAUGUCGUCGGUGGGCCGGGCAGGGGACAGCGAUGAGGAGUCUCGCGCCGACGACAAGGGCGUCAUGGACUAUUACCUGAAGUACUUCAGCGGUGCCCACGAAGGCGAUGUGUACCCGGCCUGGUCGCAGAAGGGCGAGAAGAAGAUUCGGGCCAAAGCCUUCCAGAAGUGUCCGAUUUGUGAGAAAGUGAUCCAAGGCGCGGGCAAGCUGCCGCGCCACAUCCGCACACACACGGGCGAGAAGCCGUACGAGUGCAACAUCUGCAAGGUUCGCUUCACCAGGCAGGACAAGCUGAAGGUGCACAUGCGGAAGCACACGGGCGAGAAGCCGUACUUGUGCCAGCAGUGCGGCGCUGCCUUCGCGCACAACUACGAUCUGAAGAACCACAUGCGGGUGCACACGGGGCUGCGGCCCUAUCAGUGCGACAGCUGCUGCAAGACCUUCGUGCGCUCCGACCACCUUCACAGACACCUCAAGAAGGACGGCUGCAACGGGGUUCCUUCGCGCCGUGGCCGUAAGCCCCGUGUGCGGGGUGUGCCCCCCGAUGUCCCAGCCGGGGCCGCUGCGCCUCCCGGGCUCCCUGAUGCCCCGCGCAACGGCCAGGAGAAGCACUUUAACGACGAGGAGGACGAGGACGCGGCCAGCCCCGACGGCUCGGGCCGCCUGAAUGUAGCGGGCAGCGGCGGAGACGACGGCACAGGUGGCCCCGUGGUGGCCGCCACCGAGGGUAACUUCGCAACCUGACUCGUAUUCAACACAAAACAAAAACAAACCAAAAACAAAGCGAAACAAAACAAACCUAAAAGUGAGACAGAGAGAGAAACCACCACCCACCCCCAGCACCACAAGCAAGCAGCUCUCUGUCCUGCUGCCCUCCAUCCACCCGCGCGGACGAGUGUGCGUGUAUAUACCAUGGCCGCGGGCGCCUGCCUUUCUCAGAUCCUUAGGACAUGGCCCCACCCGAUCCUGUGUC